CACACACACACCACACUCAUUGUCACUCUUCCUUUUCUAAUCUCUAAAAACACCCCACAAACCUCUACUUCCUUCUUUGCCUAGUCCUGUGGCCUCUGCGUGCCAGUUUCAGUGCCCUGGAGGAAGAGGAUAAGGGUUAAGCCCUCUGGGUCACCUUGCCACAGACAGUGAGGAGAAAUGAGACCCGCAUGCCACACUGUUCCUGUGGUAACCUCAGGUCCCUUUCCACAACCAUCACCCCACCCAGCACACAGCAAACCCCAAUGUGGACAGGGCUACUGGCACAAGGAGAGCCCUUGGGGGCAGCGAGGAAAGAGAGCAAGAAAGAUGGAGACAGAGACAGGCAGUCCGCUCCCCUAGGUCGGCGGGUGUGACAGAUAGAGCCCAGCCAGCUGCCAGCACACUGUGCAGCGGUGGGCAGGAGGGAGGGCCAGACUUCCCUAGAGGGGGGCAGACAGACCUGACAGGAAACAUCUCCAGGGUCAUUAGCAUCCUUGGUAAUUUGGGGUGGGGGUGGGGGGUAGAGGGAGACAAGGAACAUUUGCUUUUCACGUUGAACACUAGGAAAGCAAGUUUUGAAGGGCGAGCCAGAGAGCCACAAAUCAUGGCCAGGACAGGGCUGGCAACACAGCCAAAGGGACAGGGACAUGGUGGGUGGGGGAAGGGCAGGCAGAGCAAGAGGCCCUGGGGAUGAGCGGAUCACACAGGGACACACAGGACAGCACGCACACACAUGCCCCAGCAAAUUCUAGAAGCCGGAGGUGCCAAGGGGGCUGGAUGGCGGCCGGCCCAGACGUCCAGCCUUCGAGGGGGUGGGGCGGGGCCAUGAGUUCAUCUGUUUCCUGCCCAUUCUGGUAUAAAGGGAGGUGGCCGCCCAGAGGCAGCACAGCUGUGGCUGCCGCAGCACCUAGAACAGGAGCCGCGCACACACCCCUUCUGGCAGCUCAAACCCACGGCUGCCUCCCUGCCUUCCGACACCACCACUGCCACGGAGCAGGAGAAACCGCCAAUUACAAGGCGCCUCUGUCAGGUAGGAGAAAGGAUGCGGAUGUCUCCAGCCCUUGCCUGCCUGGCCCUGGCCCUGGCCCUGGCCUUUGGUGAAGGGUAUGCACUGCACACUAAGCCCCAGCUGGCCCAGCUGGCCACAGACUUUGGCGUGAAGGUGUUCCAGCAAGUGGCUCAGGAAGCCAAGGACCGCAACGUGGUUUUCUCGCCCUAUGGGGUGGCCUCGGUGCUGGCCAUGCUGCAGCUGACCACAGGAGGGGAGACCCAACAGCAGAUCCAAACCGCCAUGGGGUUCAGAAUCGAUGAGAGGGGCGUGGCCUCUGCCCUCCGGCAGCUGCACCAGGAGCUCAUGGGGCCGUGGAACAAAGAUGAGAUCAGCACCACAGACGCCAUCUUUGUCCAGCGUGAUAUGAAGCUGGUUAAGGGCUUCAUGCCCCACUUCUUCAAGCUGUUCCGGACCACAGUCAAGCAAGUGGACUUCUUAGAGGAGGAGAGAGCCAGAUACAUCAUCAACGACUGGGUGAAGACACACACAAAAGGUAUGAUCAGUGACUUGCUGGGCAGAGGGGCUGUGGACCAGCUGACACGUCUGGUGCUGGUGAACGCCCUUUACUUCAAUGGCCGGUGGAAAACGCCCUUCCCUGAGUCCAACACCCACCAUCGCCUCUUCCACAAGUCUGACGGCAGCACCAUUUCUGUACCCAUGAUGGCUCAGACCAACAAGUUCAACUACACUGAGUUCACCACCCCAGACGGCCACCUCUAUGACAUCCUGGAAUUGCCCUACCACGGGGAAACCCUCAGCAUGCUCAUCGCAGCUCCCUUCAGAAAAGAAGUGCCUCUCUCCGCACUCACCAGCAUCCUGGACGCCCAGCUCAUCAGCCAAUGGAAAGCCAAGAUGCUCAGACUGCCCCGCCUCCUGGUCCUGCCCAAGUUCUCCCUGGAGACUGAAAUCAACCUGCAGACACCCCUGGAGAACCUGGGGAUGACGGACAUGUUUAAUCCAGUCCAGGCCGACUUCAGCAGCCUCUCAGACCAAGAACCACUGCACGUGUCCCAGGCCCUGCAGAAAGUGAAAAUGGAGGUGGAUGAGAGUGGCACAGUGGCCUCCUCCUCCACAGCCGUGGUGGUGUCGGCCCGCAUGGCCCCUGAGGAGGUGAUAAUGGAUCGACCAUUCCUAACCGUGGUCCGGCAUAACCCCACUGGGACAAUCCUUUUCAUGGGCCAGGUGAUGGAGCCUUAGCGUGGGAGAAGGCGGCCCUGCCCAAGGACACAACUGGACCCAUGUCAUGUGCCAAGAAACUCUGAAGAGACGGAUUUCCCCUUGCACAGUUCUUUCCAGAGAAAGAGAAGAUACCUGCCAACAGUAACUUCCCCCCACCAGUCACCUGGGCCUCGGCCUCUCUCAAGAAUGGGGGGAUUGGCUCCCUAGGCAGGGACUCAAGAAAGACCCAGGCCUGAGGGGCCAGAUGGAACCUAUCUCUCCUCACAUCCUGGCCCCCAGCCCCAGGCAGAACGAACGGAACCCCAAGACUUACAGCCUUUGCAUGAGUGGCCAAACUGUUUACAUUCUAAUCACGCUCUGUCACUGCUCUGUCAACUGGUGACAAGGCCAUCAUCAUGAGACUCAUCUCAAGGGACACCCCAGUCCUGACUGCUCUCCCCUGCUCGGAGGGGCUGAAGACCACCCAAGCAAAGCCCCCCCAAUGCAGACCCUCCCCUCCCCCAGCCUCCCACAAGUACAGGGGCAUAUAUAUAUAUCACUUUGGAGUGUAGGUAACUUGUUUACACAUAGAAGCAGGUUUUGCUUCCUAAAAACUUUUCUUUUUAGUCAGAAGCCAGUAGCUCAUGCCUGUAAUCCUAGCUACUCAGGAGGCUGAGAUCCAAAGAUUGUGGUUUGAAGCCAAGAAAGUCCCCGAGACACAUAUGUCCAAU